AUGCGCAUCCCCCUCUUCCGCAUCUGGUACUCGACCACGUACACGACUAUCCUUAUCCUGCUGCUCCUCAUUCUUGCGGUCGCGCCUGCCGACACCAUCUACCAAUCGGUCAAGAGCAAAGAACUACAGAAGCUCUUUGUCAUUGGCGGCGUCUACUUCCUUACUUUUUCGAUUGUGCUUCUCAUCUACUCGACGCGCAUUUAUACGAACCGGUACGGCGAAGUUGGUAAAGGCGUGAGGCGCAUGAUUGCGAAAGAGCUGAGGAGGAGUGCAAUUGUAGCAUGGGACAGCAGGCCCAGGGACUUGCGCAGGGAGGAAGAAGGUCGAAAUGGCGAGGGCACGUCUAGGCCAAACACCGCAGAGAAGGAGAAGGACAAGGGCAAAGCGCACAAGAAGAAGAAGAGCGACGACCACGGCAUGGAAACCACCAUCCUGCCCGUGACCACAGACAACCCUCCCUGGGGCUAUGUCUCGCACCCCGGCUGGGCAUCUCCAUCCUCCCCAGACCUCCCAAACCUCCAAUACUGGAGCGUAAUAUGCGAACUCCCCAACCUCAUUGAAGCCAAAGCCGUCUCCCUCGCACCCCCCGAUCCCGCCGUCGAAGACGCCGCCCUCCAAUACCCCGACAACGCCGCCCCCUCUCCCCGACGCGCAAAUCACCUCGGCGCCACGUUCCUCGCACAAUACGAAUACGCGCGCUUCUCCACGGCCUCGCUUACAGAGCCCGAAUUUCGCAACAUCAUGGCCGUCUUCGCAGACAUCCUCAACGGCAUGGCGCAUCUCGAUCAAGACGUCAUCGACGAGGCGCGCGCGCAGAGCAUCGCUUCUGAUACGCACGGCGCAGACGGCGCCGUCGCAUCAGCAGCCACGGAGUCCGAUGGGGCUGUUCGAUGUGCCGCGUACGCCGUCGCUGCGCACGCAAUCAGAGACGGGGUCGGUCGUGAUCCAUCGCAGUCCGUCUACGAUACUACCGAAUUCGUCGAGUUCGUCGCUGAGGUCGGAGAGGUCGGUUAUCAGGCUGCAUCCGAAUCCGAGCGAGGGAGAGCUGCCGUAUCAAUAUGCGAUUGA